UAAAUGCUGGUAAAGUAGUUAUUGUGAGCAGGUUUAAAUUCAGAUACAAUGCUGACAGUGGAAACGUUUUGUCUCCCAUCCACUAGGUGGCUUAGCUAACAACAGCUAUUCAAGUAUCCUGACCAAAAUGCGCCGAAAUGUCAGCUAGUCAACAAAGUUGAGGAAACUAAUUGGAGCCAAUCUUCAGUCAAAAUGAGUUCGUUCGCGGGUCGCAUGAAGGAGUAUCCCAACAUGUCCCUGGAUCGGUUUGACAGGGAGAAUCUACAUGCAAGGGCUUAUUUUCUAUCUCACUGCCACAAAGAUCACAUGAAGGGGCUGAAGGGGCCUCUAUUGAAAAGAAAGUUGAAAUUCAGUCUGACAGUCAAACUGUACUGUUCGUUUGUAACUAAGGAACUGUUGCUGAGCAAUCCAAAAUAUGCCUUCUGGGAAGAUCACAUAGUUGCUUUGGAACUGGAGAGUCCCACACUAAUCACUUUAAUAGACGAGGCUUCAGGAGAGAGAGAAGAACUUGUGGUGACUCUGCUUCCUGCAGGUCACUGUCCAGGCUCGGUGAUGUUCUUGGUAGAGGGGGCCCAGGGUACAGUGUUGUACACAGGAGACUUCCGACUGGCGAAGGGAGACGCCUCCCGCAUAGAACUCCUCCACUCUGGGAGCAGGGUGAAAGACAUCAAGAGUGUGUAUCUGGACUCCACCUUUUACGACCCUCGCUUCUACCAGAUCCCCAGCAGGGAGACGUGUCUACAUGCUAUCCGGGGGCUGGUACAGGACUGGGUCAGUAAGAGUGUGUACCAUACAGUGUGGCUGAAUUGUAAAGCUGCAUAUGGAUAUGAAUACCUCUUCACUAACCUGGGGGACGAGUUUCACACACAGAUUCAUGUCAAAAGCCUGGACAUGUUUAAGAAGAUGCCAGAGAUUCUGAGUCAUGUGACCACGGAUCGAGCCACUCAGAUCCAUGCCUGCCGGCACCCCAAGGAGGAGGGGUUUGUUCCUGCCAGCAGGCUGCCGUGUGGCUCCUCAGCAUCAGAUGGGACUCCUCUAAACAUCAUCAGUAUCAAACCCUCCACUAUGUGGUUUGGAGAGAGAACCCAGAGGACUACGGUUAUCAUCAGGACAGGUGCCAGUUCCUACAGAGCCUGCUUUUCCUUCCACUCAUCCUACUCUGAGAUUAAAGACUUCCUGUCUUAUCUCCAGCCAAUCAACAUCUACCCCAGUGUCAUUCCUAUUGGCCGAACUUACGCUGAUGUCACGGAGCUGUUGAAGUCUAUGUGUAGGGACGUGUCCUCUUCCGCUGUGAUCUACAGACCUCUGGGAACACUGAAACGCACCAGACCAGAGCAGCACACCCACGAUGUGGACUGUGCCGAUUGGCUGUUUGAGGGGGCGGACCUGGCACCUGUCAGGAAGAGGGUGAUGAUGCAGGAGGCCGCACCCACAACGCUCCCUAACCCCCCCGACGAACCUCUACCCCUAACACACAUGCCUCUCAUCACAGGAGACUACAUGGACUGUACCGAAUCUAAUGAUGAUGAUGAUGAGGAGGAGAGAGACCUGGAGGAAGAAGAGAGAGGUGGGGAGAGAGACGAGGGGUCUGUGUCUAAUUCUGGCACCCCUCCUCCUCGCUGGGAGGAGUUUUUCACCACGGAGAUACUGACGGACAGCCAGACCAGCCAACCACACUCCUGCUCGGACACAAGCCCCUCUCACUCCACACCAAACCAGCCAAUCACAGGCUCCCAGACCCCAGAGCUGUUUGUUGAUGACUACGCCAAACUCCCCUCGCCGUCAAUUCCUCUCUCGGCUGGGCGAGGCCUGAGUCAGGCUGAAAGCCUGCUCAUCCAAUCAGAAGACCGGUGUCAGGGAGAUGCAUUGACCAAUCUGGAUGCUGGGGGGGAGGAGAGUGGCAGCCACACUCACCAAUCAGAGCCAACGGCGUCUCAGGUGUCAUCGGACUUUGACAUCCCGUCUACGCCAGAUUCACACACACCUGGACCAGACGACCUCAGCGAUCUGUACAGGAGACUGGCCGCUGGAGAGGAAGUGGUCACCAGGACAGGAAGUCAGUCCCUCUGACCCAGUCUACACCAGAUUCACACACACCUGGACCAGACGACCUCAGCGAUCUGUACAGGAGACUGGCCGCUGGAGAGGAAGUGGUCACCAGGACAGGAAGUCAGUCCCUCUGACCACCUCUUUGUAUAUAGACAGAGGGAAGAGAAAGCAAGACAUUCCACCCACUAGUUUCUUCUGAUUCAUAUACAGUCAAUGAGCUGAACAGACCAAACCCAGCUGCUAAUGCAUUGGUGCCUAUGGGAGAGCAAUCACCUUAAG